GAAGAGGCUGCUGAGGUAUAUAAUCUGGGAGCUGCUCUGAUUGAUGUCAUCUCCUCUCAGUGAGGCUAAAGGCAGGAAAGAAUGGGUGACUGGAGUUUGUUGGGCAACUUACUGGAAAGUGCCCAGGAGCACUCCACUGUGGUAGGGAAGGUAUGGCUGACAUCUCUGUUCAUUUUCCGUAUCCUGGUGUUGGGGACAGCCACUGAGAAAGUCUGGGGGGACGAGCAGUCCUUUUUCACCUGCGACACCAAGCAGCCUGGUUGUCAGAACGUUUGCUACGACAGGAUCUUCCCCAUUUCCCACAUCCGCUUCUGGGUGCUACAAAUCAUCUUUGUGUCCACUCCCACACUGGUCUACCUGGGCCACAUCUUCUAUCUGGUACGAAUGGAAAAGAAGCAGAAGGAGAAAGAGAAGCUGAGCAGAUAUCCCCCUGGGGAAAAGGAAGCAUUGAUGCAAAAUGCCAGGAACAUCAAGUGCCCUACGCUGGAUGAGCAGGAAGUUAAAUUGCAAGGGGCUAUUCUACGCACUUAUUUGUUCAAUAUAAUUUUUAAAACCCUUGAAGUUGGCUUCAUAUGGGCCCAGUACUAUCUCUAUGGCUUUGAGCUGAAACCUCUUUACAAAUGUAGUUACUCACCUUGCCCUAACAUUGUUGACUGUUACAUCUCCCGUCCAACUGAGAAGACUAUUUUCAUUAUAUUCAUGCUAGCCAUGGCCUGCCUGUCCCUACUUUUGAACCUUAUUGAAAUAUGUCAUCUGGGACUCAAGAAAUGUAGAAGGAUCACCAAGGACAAUCAUGCCACAAAGGCUGCCUGUAAGCAGAAUGGCACACUGGCGAGUGAGAGAAUGGGGCCCUGCGCCCCAAGUUACCGAUACUUUGCCAACCACAGUGGGCCACAGCUUUACAGCGUCCCUCCACUGACGGAACCCGACCCAGUGUGUCACCCCUACAAUGGCAACGUUUCCACUAAGCAAAACCGAGAGAACUUUGCCAUUAUGGAUGAGAAGCAGGGAGUCAGGAGGAACGAAGCUCGCUCCCCAACAAACACAUCUCGGUCACUGAUCAGAGACGGAACAGUGAAGAAGCAAACUGAGCAGCCGGAGCAAAUCAGAUGAUCUGGCAAUUUAAGUCUCUGGCUGUGGAAGCACCGAGCAGAAUAAUUAAGAAAUCAUUCCAUUUGAACAUUGAAAAUAUCCAAAGAAUUCAAUCUAACCUCCAGUGAGAUAUCGUCAACAUGACAACAAAAUUGCUUCCAUUUUAAUGAUUGCCUCAGUCAUCUUUGAUUUGUAUUUAUUUUUAAUCUCACUUGCUUCCUGUGGUAAAACAAAUUGGCAAAGAACAGUUAUGCUUUUGCCCAUAGCCUGUUCCCCAGCCCCCUUACCCAUAUCACCCCUCCCUCCUUCAAUCCCUCCUUUCUCCAAUUCUGUCACUUCCCUUUCCAACCCACUCUUCCUUCCUUCUUCCUCCCCAUUUCCCUUCCUUGCUCUCCCCAUACCACUCCUUCCCAUCUCUCUGAUUGGCUACCACUCACACACUCCACGAGGCUGGUCCCCAGACAUCCAGGGCAGGUCUGGAAGUGAAAAUGGCAACUCCCAGAGACAAUCACUAUCUGUUCCUCCAAGGCCACUUUA